CAACAACUUGUUAAUUUGCCCACACCAGAUAUCAAGUGGGAUGGGGUAUCACCUUAUUCAACGAUGAACAAGAUAAUACCACAAUGAUAAGACCACCAAGUAUUCCAGAAUUUUAAUGGGAAAAAACUCAUUGAAAAAAUGAAGACAGGUUGAGGGAUUGCUUCUAUAAAACUAUACAAAGAUACAUCUUGCAUUCCAAUUGCGCACAGAGCAAGCAAGAAAAAUGGGUUCAGUUGAAGUAAACGAAAAGCUUCAUGUUGUGAUCAUUCCAGCUCCAUUUCAGGGGCACAUUAACCCUAUGCUUAAACUAGCCAAAAUUCUUAAUCACAGAGGUUUUUACAUAACCUUUGUCAACACUGAGUACAACCACAAACGCUUGCUCAGAUCCAGGGGACCUAAUUCCCUGGAUGGUUUGCCUGAUUUCAAAUUCGUGACCAUCCCGGAUGGUCUGCCUCCCUCAGAUGCUGAUUCAACCCAGGAUAUACCAUCUCUUUUGGAUUCCAUAUCCAAAACCGGCAUCGUCCCUUUUAAUGCUCUUCUUUCUAAGCUUAAAAACUCUGUCCCGGAUAUUCCUCCGGUAUCUUGCAUAGCCUCUGAUUGUGCAAUGUUCUUCACUCUUGAAGCUGCUGAACAAUUUGGUCUCCCAGUAGUGUUUUUCUGGACGGCAAGUGCUUGUGGCUUCUUGGGGUAUACCCAAUAUCGCCACUUAAUUGAAAAGGGAUACACUCCUCUAAAAGACAUGAAUCAGAUGUUCAAUGGAUAUUUGGAAACAAAAAUUGACUGGAUUCCUGGAAUGAAACACGAUAUAAGAUUGAGGGAUCUUCCAAGCUUCAUCAGAACCACAUCCCGGGAUGAUUUUAUGCUGAAUUACCUGAUGACUGGAUGCGAGAGAAUUUCAAAAGGGAGGGCUGUGCUGUUGAACACCUUUGACGAGUUGGAGCAGGAUUCCCUGAAUGCUCUGUCCGCCAUGUAUUCAGAUGUUCUCAGCAUUGGACCAUUGCCAUUAGUACUCAAUCAAAUUCAGGACGAGGAGAAACUUCAAUCCAUCCAUUCAAAUCUCUGGAAAGAAGAACCAGGCUGUAUCGGAUGGCUCGACACGAAAGAACCCAACUCUGUAGUCUAUGUGAAUUUCGGCAGUAUCACUGUGAUGAGUGCUCAGCAACUCACAGAAUUCGCCUGGGGACUUGCCAACAGCAAGAAACCAUUUUUAUGGAUCAUCAGGCCCGAUAUAGUGGCCGGCGAUAACGCAAUGGUGCCACCGGAUUUCUUAGCGGAAACUAAAGAAAGAAGUAUGCUGGCAAGCUGGUGCUCACAAGAGCAAGUCCUGAAUCACCCUGCCAUUGGAGGGUUCUUAACACACAGCGGAUGGAACUCCACCCUGGAAAGUAUUUGUGGCGGAGUCCCGAUGAUAUGCUGGCCGUUCUUUGCUGAUCAGCAGACAAAUUGUAGAUACAGCUGCGCGGAAUGGGGAAUUGGGAUGGAGAUUGACAACAACGUGAAGAGGGAUGAGAUUGAGGUGCAAGUGAGAGAGCUGAUGGAUGGUGAAAAGGGGAAAAGAAUGAGGGAAAAAGCUCUGGAAUGGAAGAGCAAAGCAGGAGCAGCCAUAACAGGACCAGGUGGAUCCUCUUGCCAGGAUUUGGAGAAGCUUUUCAAAGAGAUUCUCGAGUCCAAUUCAGUCUGAUAAUUAUCUGAAUUUGGUGCAAUUGGUUAUUUAAUUUGACGAAAGACUUCUUUUGCGACACAUGAAAAUUAAUGAUUGGUUGUGUACUUGACUUUUUCUGCAUCUGAUUAGGCAACCUGGUGAUUUUGAUUUGCUUUGGAUUAGGUUGAGUGCGAUCAUCAACUAAAACCUACUAGUUAUAAUGAAAUCCUUUGAACACAUGAUCAUUAUACCCCAUUUAUAAUGACUAGUUCUGUUAUCGUCGCCUACGUGCGACCAGUUCUUAUUUUGAGGUGAGAAGGGAACAAUUGUUUAAUAACAGUAUGUAUUAGUACUAAUGAUUGUUGCCACAGAAGAUUAUAGAGAUUUACUAACAAAGGAAGAUUGAAUCAAUUUUAACAAAAAGCAACUCAUCUCAGGAGGUUUUUGUAUAACCAAC